AAGCCGGGGUUCUGGGGAGGGCUGGGCUGCGCGGGCGACGCGGGAGGAGGGCUGCUGGGAGCGCCCGGCCUGCACUGGCCGCCAGCCACCGAGAGGAGGAGCAGAGGAUCCUCGGAGCGCAAUAAAACGGCGGCUCGGCCCGAGCCCGCAGCAAACACAGCCAUAGAAGGCAGCGGAGGAGCCGAGCCGGGCUGCGCUCGCUCGCCGCCCCCAAGCCUCUUUCUUCUCCGCCGGGUGCACUGCCCCGCGCCCUCCCCUCGCCGCUUCCCCCUUUGACAAAGAGGACAGAAAGUUUGCGCGGGGGAGCGGGCCAGGUGAGGAGGGGCGUGCCCGGCCCCCCAGCCCGCGCCACAGCAGCCGGACACAGGCCCCCAGCGCGCCAUGGGCGCCGCGGCCCGCAGCCUUCGGCUGGCGCUCGGCCUCCUGCUGCUGACCACGCUGCUGCGCCCGGCCGACGCCUGCAGCUGCUCCCCGGUGCACCCGCAACAGGCGUUUUGCAAUGCAGACGUAGUGAUCAGGGCUAAAGCAGUGAGCGAGAAGGAGGUGGACUCCGGGAAUGACAUCUAUGGCAACCCCAUCAAGAGGAUUCAGUAUGAGAUCAAGCAGAUAAAGAUGUUCAAAGGACCUGACAAAGACAUCGAGUUUAUUUACACGGCCCCCUCCUCAGCAGUGUGCGGGGUCUCGCUGGAUGUCGGCGGGAAGAAGGAAUAUCUGAUCGCAGGAAAGGCAGAAGGAGACGGCAAGAUGCACAUUACGCUCUGUGACUUCAUUGUGCCCUGGGACACGCUGAGCACCACCCAGAAGAAGAGCCUGAACCACAGGUACCAGAUGGGCUGUGAGUGCAAGAUCACACGCUGUCCCAUGAUCCCGUGCUACAUCUCCUCCCCGGAUGAGUGCCUCUGGAUGGACUGGGUCACAGAGAAGAGCAUCAACGGGCACCAGGCCAAGUUCUUUGCCUGCAUCAAGAGAAGCGAUGGCUCCUGUGCGUGGUACCGCGGGGCGGCACCCCCCAAGCAGGAGUUUCUUGACAUCGAGGAUCCGUAAGCGGGCUUGACAGAGCCCCUGCGGCCAACUGAAAAGCCUCUGAGGGUUUAGACUGGUCCAGCUCUGACAUCCCUUCCUGGAAACAGCAUGAAUAAAACAUCAAUCAUCCAAGUGGGUUCACGCUAGUGUGAUUCUGCACCACCCCCCUAUUUUCCCUAAACAUAGUAGUGGGCCUGGAGGGACGGCAGGUCAGGGUCCUGCACCCCCUCCCUCUGCCAGCCUGAGCACUGUGUGCCUCAGUCUUUGAUCCUUGGCAUUGUCAUGUACAGCAGACAGGUGGAAUUUGAGGGUCCCCUAGCCCUGAGGGAGAGCCUGGGAAUGUGCAUUUUGCAGAAACUCUUGAAGGUUGUUGUAAGACUGUGUAGCCGGCCUACCAGGUCCUUUUCAUCCUGAGAGGGACAUGUCCCUCAUUUUCUGCAGUGGCCACCCCUUGGCCCAAGAUCUUGGGCCCUUGCAAGUGCCCCUGCUCCCCCUCCCCAAUCUCUCCUGCACCUGGUAUGGACUCCCAGCAGCGGGGACGCCCUUAGGUCCAAGGGUAGUCCUCCGGCCAGUUUUGUUUGUCUGGGAGUCUCAAUCAGCCCCAUGAAUCCACAGACUUCAGUGAAUGGGAGCCCACCCUGAGCCGUGUUUCUGGCUUCAGCCAAGUCAUUUCUGCCCUCCCCUCCCCCGCCCCUACUCCUUCCUUGGUAGGGAUCUGUGAGGUUUCAUGCUAGGGGCAGGAGUCUGUGGUGAGGGGUGUUUGCUGUCCUUGUAGUCACUCCUAAACUUCUUACAGGCUUCAGGCGUCAGGGUUGAGCAGCAGGGCUUCCUGCUCUCUGUAGCAUCACGCCAUGCCACUGUUGGGGUGCGGGCAGCGUUCCCGUUUUUUUUGCACAAACUGAAGAUGUAAAAGGCCAGUCCUUCUAGGCCCCAACAGAAAAGUUCUGGCGUGAUCUCCCUGAUAGACUGGCAGGCGCUGCUGCGUGUGGACUUGUGUUAAGUGUUACUAAGCACAAGAAUUCCCGGGGUAGGGAAGACCGGGAGGCGGGCGCUCUUCUUGCCACGCCCCCAGGAUGAUUUGGCUUGCUUUUCGAGCCAGCUCAUUUCCCUAAAGGUGAACAUAAGGCCGAGAGGCAAGAGUACUCAGCUCCGCUUCUGUCUCUUAAUGUCACUUACAGACCUUAUAGGGAACUGGGGCACCUACUUGCUCCCUAAAAAAAUUGAUUUUCGGAUGCCAACAGGAUGGGGGUUAAGACAGGCAGAUUUUUGUCACUAACAGUAUAGAUAGUUGCUCUUCCUCCUACCCAUGUCUUAAAAAUAAGCUGUCCCGAGGACACGCAUGUAUAUUAUCCAAACAUGCACGCAUAUGCUCACACAGACUCUGAAGUCUGCCGCCUGCGAAUGGUCCUUUUGUAAAAUGCUUCCAGAAACCUCUCUCCUCCAACCUGCCCCUACCAUCAGAAACCCCAAAGAACCUGUUAAGGACUGUCCGCCAGCCCCCCCUCCCUACCCACGCCCCCACACCAGGACCUGGCCAGCCCUAGGACGCCCAGGAAUCAGUCUGCCCGCCGAGGCCACUGUCAUGGUGUGCAGUGAUGUCGUCCUGGGAUGCUGUCGUGGACCAGCCCACCAGACGCUGCAGUCUAGCCCAGCCUGCCUGCUCGCUUCCUGUGCGGUGGUAUCAUAUGUAACAAUGCCCAUUUCUGCUGACUUCUUGACAUGUUCUGGUUUGUCUCUGCCGUUCGCUGUGAGCAUUUUUGUGCUGUGUUUAUGCCCUUGGUAGCAUUAGACUUUGCACUUUUUUGGAAACAAAAAUGUUUCAGCAUCAAGGAAGCAUUUGACCCAGAGUGGAAAGCAUGGCAUGGUGGCUGGCGUGGGACCGAGGAGCCCUUCUAAUCUUUCUUUGAGUUCUUUGAACAUCUGUUUUUCCAGCCUCCUGUCUUUUGUGUCUGGUUCGAAUUAUUAUGAAGGAAAGACUCGAAGUAGAUUGGUUCUAAAAGGUGGCCUUUACACUUCCUACUCGUGAUGGUUGUCCUAGCCGGACCAGGCGGAUGAGAGGAGAGCAAACAAACUAUUGGGACAAAGUGCCAGACGGCAGCUGAGCAGCGGCCACGCAAAUGCCUUCGCAGCAAAUCAGUUGCAAUAUAUGGUUUAAGGUGUUGUUUAACUUCUGUUCUAAGCACUGGGCUUUCCUCCUUCUCUUCCCAUCAUGCCGGAAAAUCGAGGUACUUCAGGUGACGUUUACAUGUGGUUAUUUCCAAAUCUCUGCUUGAUGCAUAUUAAGACAUAUCUGUGAGCUUGCUGCGUAACCUAAAGCUUUGUUGGCAUUGUUUCUGUUUGAACUGUUGGUUACUGGGGGGGAAGCGCCGCGUUCAUGCUGGAAUGUGAAGUCUGAGACUUACGCUUCCCCCCCCUCCCCGGCAACGCAUGAGCUGUUGAAGGUCAACAAGCCAACUGCGCGUGUUUCUGAUGCUUUGUAUCAGUUUUUAUUUUUAUUUUUAUGAGUGAUUGCUCUGUCAAUGGACAAUAAACCGUAUUAUCAAAGAGAA